GCUGCCGUGAAUCGAUUUCUUCUCGCUGAAUUGGAGAGGUGAAUACAAUGAACCCAGUCACGCCGAGGAAUUAAAACCAUUCACUUCUACCUAGGCCCUCUAGCUACUCCAGACGCCGUAUUAACGGUCAUCUCCAGGUGUCUCCGCCCGGCGAAAAAUCUGUCACGCCGUCUUCCGUCUCAACCUCGCAAGCCCUACGCCUGCGCCCUACCCCUAAGCCCUCAUUUCUGCUCUUGGAAGCCAACGCCCUGCUCAUACCCUCUUGACCGACCAUAACAUGGCGGACUCAGGAGUCCCAGCUCCUGUUACUGAUUUCAAGGAGCCUUCUGAGCUUCCUGCCUCUCCAUUUCCCGUAAAAGAGGAUCCUGUCUCUCCGAAACUGUCGCACCCUCUCGACGAACAUGACGGCUCCGUAUCUCCUCGCGCCCCCAAGAAACGGCGCCUAGAGUCCGAGCAACCGGACGACCUCGUCCUUCCCCCGUCACAACCUGGACUGGACGACCAGAUUCCUGGAAACCAAAUUGAAGAAGAAUUGGCGUCGGCUCUGGGCCCCGGCGUAGUUGACACGGUGGAGCAUCAAGAUGACAAACAUGGUCAGAUCGACAGCUCUGCAGAAGCCCCUGUGGCACCGGAGACAAGCCAGGAUAUUGACACAGACAUGGCAACAGUGAUCUCGAAUAUUAUGAACCAUGCGGAACGGGUGGAGGAGCAAUGUGUCCUCGGCCAGCAGCAACUGGUCGACACUUCCGACCAGUCAACGCCAAAGGGUAUGGUAUUCGUGAAGGCAAACUCGCAUCUGAAAACGCAGAGUUUACCCAUCCUGGAUAAUCUAUCCACUCAGAUUCUAUCACUGCUGGCAAAGUCGACUUAUCAAGACAUCACCUCCUUCGUUUCGGAGCCGGAUUCGGAAAAUGGCCAGGCCUAUGCAACCAUGCGUUCCCUUUUCGAUCAUACAAAGAAGGUUUACUCUUCGAAGAAAUCUUUUUUAUCGGCGAUUGAACUGGAACUUACCGAGUCUUCGCAAGUCGAUAUCAUUCGGAAGGCGAAUCUAGCGUCGUUCGUCUCCAGCAUCUUCGGCACUCAGGAAAUCGGCUUUUCUGAAUUGAACGACAAUUUCCUUGAUGUUUUCGUCCCGGAAGGCGGGCGUUUACUGAAAGUUCAAGGUGCUCUCUUCCUAGAGCUCAAAACGCAGGCCUUCAUUGCCUCUAUGAAUAACGAAGAGCGAUCCAGAACUGAGAUCCUGUUCGAGCUCUUUCCCGAUGACCUGGAACAACGUCUUCUCGACAGACGCCCUGGAACACGGCAGCCCGCCCCGAGUGAAACUGACUUCGUGAAGCGCGCUGGGUCGCGCCGUGACAUUCUUCUCAACGAUAUCAACAACGAGGAGGCGAUGAGGGCGUUGCCUGACAAGUAUCAUUGGGAGGAUUUCCUCAGAGAUCUGAGCUCGUACAUCACCAAGAAUUUUGAUGCCAUCAGCAAUCAGCAGAAGAUUACCAAGGGUCGACAACCUUCUUCGUCUAGUGGAGAUGCGCCAGAGACUUCCAGCGCACCUCUUCAAGGCCAAUUCCCGGUCGCAUCGCAGACUCCCGAUGUUCCUGUCGACCGAAAUAUGCAUGGUGAUCUCGUUGCUCGUGCGGCUCGUGCGGCACAGAUCGCAUUGCAGGGUCACGGGUUGAGACGCUCUCAGCAGCAGAACCAGCAGCAGAACCCGCAACCCCAGCAGCCGCCGCAGACCCAGCCUCAACAACAUACCCAGCAGCCGCCGCAAACCUCGGCCCAGCAGCCUCAACACCCGCAACCUCAGCAGCCAGUGUCGCAGCAGGGGUCACACCAGGGCACGCCGGUUCCUCACGGAUAUUCGCCCGCGCAGCCAACGAACCAGCUCCCCCCUCAGCAAGUUCCUCAACAACAGCAGCAACAACACCACUACCAACCCAGCCCCACGCCCUCGGGAUACCAGCAAGCGCCCACACAGCUCACCUUCCAGCAAAGUCCUCUUCAGCAGAACUUCCAACAUUUCACUCACCAGACUGCUCCUAUGUCUGUUCCUGGGCGGCCUAGCUCAGCGGCUGCCAAUCAUGGAUACAUGCCCGGGAUUCCCCACUAUUCCCAAUCUCAGCCAACGCAGGUCCUCUACGAACGCGCUCGCAUGGCGGCCUCGGCAAAGUCGUCUCCGAGCAGCCGUAAGUCCGGUCUCCCGAGCCAGCGUCGGCCGUGGACCACCGAAGAAGAAAAUGCCCUCAUGGCAGGACUUGAUCGGGUGAAAGGUCCUCAUUGGAGUCAAAUCCUCGCGAUGUUCGGGCCGGGAGGAACCAUCAGUGAAGCGUUGAAAGAUCGCAACCAAGUACAGCUCAAGGACAAGGCCCGCAAUCUGAAGCUCUUCUUCCUCAAAAGCGGGAUCGAGGUUCCUUACUACUUGAAGUUUGUCACUGGUGAGCUCAAGACUCGUGCACCCGCCCAGGCGGCCAAGCGUGAGGCGCGGGAGCGACAGAAGAAGCAAGGAGAAGAGGAUAAGGCGCAUGUCGAGGGAAUUAAAGGAAUGAUGGCACUUGCUGGAGCGCAUUCCCAGCAGGUUGCAAUGGGUCACGGACACGAUGCUAUGUCUGCCUCGCCCGGUCUGGCUCCCGACCCCAACAGCCAUCAUCACCACCAUCAUCAUGUCCAUUCGGCAUUUGACCAGACGGCCGAGCAGAAUUUGAUGCAAACCCUCGGUCAAGAGGUUCACGGAGAUCAGUUUGGACAACACCAGCACCAUCACCAUCACCAUCAGGAUCACCUCGAUCCCAGUAUGCAUGUCGGACAAUAACUCUGGGGUGGUUUUCUUUCUUUCUUUCCAAUUGCUUUUGCAGCCAUCUAUGUUCUGUUUCGCUUGUGGCGUUUUCCUUUUUCUCUCUCUUAUCUCCGGGUGUCCAGGGCUUGAUCCCCUCGACAGCAAGAGAUUUUCCCUUUACUUGACGCUUGUCAUGCAAAGGACCUGGAGAUUGGGCGCGAUAAUACCAAAUGUUUCUGUAAGAUAAAAUAUCGUUGGGUAAUCUGUUACAAGGACGGCGGAAGGAUUUAGCCUGCACAUGCAUGUAUUUUAUUAGGGAGAUAUACGAUCAAGUUGAA